AGUUUCACAACGACUCAUAGUGUACAUAGUACAUUUACAGACAGAGACUUAACCCCGGAAGUAUUUUAGAACAUCGCACUUUUCUCGACGUACUCUGGAGCUAUGGACACUAGGCGAAGUAUGUUUGCCAGAUGGGCCCUCCCAAAACAGUUGGCCCCUGUGAUUGUGUUACUGUUGACUGUGUGUACAAACUUUGUACAUACACGGAAUAUCCAUUUCGGUAAAAUCGCCUUUGAAUCGUCCUGUGAACGCCAGACUUGGUCCUCGGCAAACAGAACAUGCACCGACAAGGGGGGAGAGGUGUUCGGCCUGUCUGACCUGGAGCAUGCCUACGGGGGACACCUCAACAAACUGGCCAUCCGAGAUCACGCAACCAUAUGGCUGGACAAGGGGGCAUACCAAAAUACAACCGAGGGUUGUAUUAUUUUAACAGGAGAACACAUCAGGCUGAACAAUAACUGUGAAGAAAAACAUUACUCUAUUUGCCGUGUGAAAAGUGAUGCUGACUUUAUAUUCCAUAGCAGUGAUGGACGUGUACCAUACCAAGGAUGCAAUGGAGGUACGACAAAAGAGCCUACCAGUAUACGACAUCCUACCAGUACUCGACAUCCUACCAGUAAACGACAUCCUACCCGGACACGACAUCCUACCAGUAAACGACGUCCAGGCAUUCCUGCUACCAGAACAGCCUCUUCAUCUCUCUCCUAUACUAACAGAACUAUUAUCAUCUCUGUUGUGUGCAUCCUGGUGGUCGGGGCAGGUGUCGUGGCUGUCUGUUAUUUCAACGGAAUAGGAAAGAAGAUGGAACAACAAAGGGAAAGAAGAUCACGGAGGCGGUACAGAUGUAGAAGACGUUGACGAAUGAAAGGGCGCAGCACAAAGUAUUGAUGAGUGACGGACACAAGUUUGUGUUCAAGGACAACGAUAGAUAGAGACAUAGCUGACAGAUAUAUGGACAGGCACACAACUUUAAGCCUUAAAGGGCGAUGCCAUGCCACGUUAUCUCUCUUAACUUGACAUGAAUGUAGAAGAAGCAUCCUCUACACUACAGCUAUUAACGAACUGCGGUUAAUCAUAUUUAGAUUCUGUCAGUGUAUGUUAACGGAUAUGUCUAGAGGUACAUAUAUGGAAUCACAGCAUGGCGGGGCCACGGGUGGCCCAGUCGUCUCGGGCGUGGAAUUCGCUGUACAGAGUUGCGUCCCAUGGACAGCCCAGAAACCUA